CCAGUCCUUUGGCACCUCCUCCACUUCCGCCUGCCCUUCCCAGCCAGCCGUUGCGCCGGGUGGAGUGCGUGCUGACGUCAGUGGCGUGCCCCUGUCCGGGAGCGGAGGAGACCCCGCGCAGUGCUGCCAACGCCCCGGCGGAGAAGCUGAGAUUACAUUGGAUUUGAAAUACUGAAAGUGGAUACAAAAACUCUUCAACAAUGCAGACUAUUAAGUGUGUGGUUGUGGGUGAUGGUGCCGUUGGUAAGACAUGUCUUCUGAUUUCAUAUACAACAAACAAAUUCCCAUCUGAAUAUGUACCCACGGUAUUUGACAACUAUGCAGUCACUGUUAUGAUUGGUGGAGAGCCAUAUACUCUUGGACUGUUUGAUACUGCAGGACAGGAAGAUUAUGACAGAUUACGACCCCUCAGUUAUCCACAGACAGAUGUAUUUCUUGUCUGUUUUUCAGUGGUAUCCCCAUCCUCGUUUGAAAAUGUGAAAGAAAAGUGGGUACCAGAGAUUACUCACCACUGUCCAAAGACUCCUUUUUUGCUUGUUGGGACCCAAAUUGAUCUCAGAGAUGACCCUUCUACUAUUGAGAAACUUGCCAAGAACAAACAGAAGCCCAUCACUCCAGAGACUGCUGAAAAGCUGGCCCGAGACCUGAAAGCCGUCAAAUACGUGGAGUGUUCUGCGCUCACACAGAAAGGCCUAAAGAAUGUAUUUGACGAGGCGAUACUGGCUGCCCUGGAGCCUCCGGAACCGAAGAAGAGCCGCAGGUGUGUGCUGCUAUGAACAUCCCUCCAGAGCCCCCUCUGCAAAGCUGGUGUCGGCAUCAUACUAAAAGCAAUGUUUAAAUCAAACUAAAGAGAAAUUAAAAUUCGUUUUUGCAA